CCAGUGCCAACAAGGCUGCAAAGAAAAAUCUGGAGACAACUUUCGAAGCCGAAACGAAGCUGGAGCAGACACAGUGACACAAGAAGAGGAAGAGUGAGGCAAAAUGGCGAACGAAGUUACACAUGCUCCCAAUAAAACAUGGGAAUUGAGUUUAUACGAGCUGCACAGAACGCCACAAGAUGCAAUUACGGAUAACACAGAAAUAGCAGUUUCACCGAGAAGUCUCCAUAGUGAGCUCAUGUGCCCAAUUUGUUUGGAUAUGUUGAAGAGUACAAUGACAACAAAGGAAUGUUUACACCGAUUUUGCCAAGAGUGUAUUAUUACAGCCCUUCGUAGUGGAAAUAAAGAGUGCCCUACGUGCAGGAAAAAACUUGUUUCGAAACGUUCAUUGCGACCUGACCCUAAUUUUGAUGCACUGAUAUCUAAAAUUUACCCAAGCAGAGACGAAUAUGAAGCUCACCAGGAAAGAUUGAUGGCAAAACUCAACAAACACCACAACACAGCUGCCCUCACCAACAGUAUUGAAGAAGGUUUGCGGCUUCAGGCCUUGAAUCGGGCACAACGGGUGAGAAAACAAAAUCAGAAUACUGAAAUGGGUGCUCGGAGAAAUGAUGACGAUCCAAAUGAUGAUAAUUUGUCAGAGUCUCAGGGUUUGGCAGAUAACGAUGAGAUGUCAAAUCAGUCGAACGAUGCACUGCAGCACAAGCCAAUAAUGAAGCAUCAGUUCUCAGAUGAUUCGAGUGCGGAAAACUCCACAGGUGAAGCUAGCAUGUCAGAGCAACACUCAAGGGGUAGUCCAGAACCUGCCAUACCCCAACUGAUCAAUGAGAUUGAACUGAUUUUCAAGCCCCAUCCUCAAGACUGCGAUGGUGAUCCAUCGUCACAGACCCGUUACAUCAAGACCACAGGAAAUGCCACUGUUGACCAUUUGUCCAAGUACCUGGCCAUCCGUUUGUCGAUAGACACUUCAAGUGACUGCGAUGAAGAGGAAGUGUCGUCUGGCAGUCGGUUUGACAUCUUCGUCGCGUCACCUCCCGGCCAUUUUGUUCUGCUGAGUGGAACCACAAAUCUGGAGCAUGUGAAAGACAAGUACUGGAAAGUGAACAAACCCCUCGAGAUCUUCUACUCGGUGCGCAAGUCAGCGUCGCAGUCGACUGUGAAGAAAAUGCAUCCAGACAAAUGAGGGGCGCCUUCUUAAUAACUCAAGUUUAAAAAAAAAAUUUUUUUUUAAUCUUAAAGUUUGACUGGCAAGAACAAUAUAAGCAUCUUCACCUUUGUAGCCAGAACAUUUGGUCCUGUUUUUGACCCCUCUAUUUUCUUGGAGCUACCUUUGGUCACGUAAUACGAUGCUGAUGAAUGUACCGUGUAGCUACCCCCGUUUAAGUUAAAAGUGUAUUCGUCAAGAUGUAUCAAGUGUUCAUGCUGUCACACACUGGCUGGAGGCGCAGUGACUUGUUCCUUGAUUGGGAGGUUGGCUGCAUUGGGGAGGACUGAUAUAUAAAGAUUUGCAAGUCGUGUUCUUUCUUUCAACUUGUCUUUUUAGUUGUGAUGGAUGUUUUAGUAACCUAAACCGUUGUGAUGGAUACAACACAAAGACUCAAACUCUGUACAACUCGUAACUAAUAAUGUGCCAGAUGGUGUAGAUAUUUGUGCUUGUAGAUACUCAGUUGGCGGACUCCAACAAUUUUCACAGCUAGCUAAUCGCGGGCAGUACUGCAUACAGGGGUAUCUCAACGGCCUCCAAAAAUGACUAUCAUCUGUAUGCAAUACUGCCCGCAUAAUAAUGGUUAUCGGCUUAGAGAGAUAUCUCUGUAAAUAAACCCACUGCCAUUGUAAAUUUCACACUACCUUUGUAGAGUGGUGGCUGGUGACCUUGAAGCUUCUCCUUUAUUGUAAGAUUUUACAAUUGAACGUUACUGUGGAGUCCUUGCAACCCCUUCCCUGCCUAGGGGAAGUAACAUAGCUCUGCCAGGGUGCAGAAAAAUGUUUAUCAAGUUAAAGAACUAAUACUGGUUUAAUUUCUUUUUUUCUACAUUCUUCUUCUGAAACUGCACAUUGUGUAUGGAGUAUUCAAUAAACAUUCAUUUGCAAGCAAAGGAAAACACUUCCACAACAUAAUUUUUUUCUUCUUUUUUUUUUUUUGGAUUCAUACAUGUUUUUUUGUUUUUUUAAAGUUCCCUUUUUUUUGGUGGUUUAUUGAAGAAUGUAUUGAAUAAAAACAGUAGUAAAAUGCCCCAAGCUUAGAUUUCACCAGCGAUGUCGUGGGUGUGAUUCUCUCAGUGAACUAGUCUGUCACUCACUUUCCCAUUUACAGCCAGUAGUGCUUCUUCGUGUGAUUCGACUUGUAAUUCUCUCCAAAAUAAAGAGCAGACUUUGUCAAUCAGGU